AUGGCCGCCUCCACCAUGUCCGUCUGCUCUGACGCCUGCACCAGCGCCUCCUGGCAGGUGGACGACUGUCCAGAGAGCUGCUGCGAGCCCUCCUGCUGCGCCCCCAGCUGCUGCCAGCCCAGCUGCUGUGCCCCCUGCCUGACCCUGGUCUGCACCCCGGUCAGCUGUGUGUCCAGCCCCUGCUGCCAACCCACCUGCACCAGCUCCUGCACGCCCUCGUGCUGCCAGCAGUCUUGCUGCCAGCCGGCCUGCUGCACCUCCUCCCCCUGCCAGCCAUCCUGCGGUGUGCCCGUCUGCUGCAAGCCCGUCUGCUGUGUGCCCGUCUGCUGUGGGGCUUCCUCAUGCUGCCAGCCCUCUUGCUGCCAGCAGUCUAGCUGUGCGCCCUCUUGCUGCCAGUCCUCCCCCUGCCAGCCGUCCUGCGGUGUGACCCUCUGCUGCAAGCCCGUCUGCUGUACCCCCGUCUGCUCUGGGUCCUCCCCUUGCUGCCAGUCCUCAUGCUGCCAGCCGUCCUGCUGUGUGCCCGUCUGCUGCAAGCCCGUCUGCUGUACCCCCGUCUGCUCUGGGUCCUCCUCUUGCUGCCAGUCCUCAUGCUGCCAGCCGUCCUGCUGUGUGCCCGUCUGCUGCAAGCCCUGCUCCAGCGUGUCCCUGCUCUGCCGCCCCGUGUGCAGACCCGCCUGCUGUGUGCCCACCUCCUCCUGCUGCGCCUCCUCCUGCCAGCCCAGCUGCUGCCGCCCGUCCUCCUGCGUGUCCCUGCUCUGCCGCCCCGCCUGCUCCCGCCAGGCCUGCUCCCACAUGGCCGCCUCCACCAUGUCCGUCUGCUCUGACGCCUGCACCAGCGCCUCCUGGCAGGUGGACGACUGUCCAGAGAGCUGCUGCGAGCCCUCCUGCUGCGCCCCCAGCUGCUGCCAGCCCAGCUGCUGUGCCCCCUGCCUGACCCUGGUCUGCACCCCGGUCAGCUGUGUGUCCAGCCCCUGCUGCCAACCCACCUGCACCAGCUCCUGCACGCCCUCGUGCUGCCAGCAGUCUUGCUGCCAGCCGGCCUGCUGCACCUCCUCCCCCUGCCAGCCGUCCUGCGGUGUGCCCGUCUGCUGCAAGCCCGUCUGCUGUGUGCCCGUCUGCUGUGGGGCUUCCUCAUGCUGCCAGCCCUCUUGCUGCCAGCAGUCUAGCUGUGCGCCCUCUUGCUGCCAGUCCUCCCCCUGCCAGCCAUCCUGCGGUGUGACCCUCUGCUGCAAGCCCGUCUGCUGUACCCCCGUCUGCUCUGGGUCCCCCCCUUGCUGCCAGUCCUCAUGCUGCCAGCCGUCCUGCUGUGUGCCCGUCUGCUGCAAGCCCUGCUCCAGCGUGUCCCUGCUCUGCCGCCCCGUGUGCAGACCCGCCUGCUGUGUGCCCACCUCCUCCUGCUGCGCCUCCUCCUGCCAGCCCAGCUGCUGCCGCCCGUCCUCCUGCGUGUCCCUGCUCUGCCGCCCCGCCUGCUCCCGCCAGGCCUGCUGUGGCCUCUCCUCGGGCCUGAAGUCCAGCUGCUGA